AUGAGCGCACUGCGCCUGCCCAACCCGUUCUCGCGAGGCGGUCACGCGCGCAAGUUCAGCGGGAUCCUCGACGAGCCGGACAAGUACGACAAGCUCUCGACGCGGCGACUCGGCGGGGCGGCAGGGCGGUGGAGAGUCGCGCUCUUCCUGUGGUCGUACGAGGUCCACGUCGAGGUGCAGCUCUUCUCGCGCGGCUGGGUCCGCCGCGCCGUCCUCCCCGUCCACCUGUCGUCGUCAACUUGCUUCGACCCGGCCCACCUCGCCUCGACCGCGUACAACUCGUCCCUCGCCAACGCGCCAGCCUACGUCGACGUUCAUGCAGGCCUCGCCAUGCCCCUUGGCCGCGACUGCUACGACUUUGCGGCCACCGUCCCCCGUCAUCCGCUCCCCGGCAUGGUCCUCGCCGCCCGCACCGUCUUCCACACCUACUGGCGGCACGACCUCCUCCCGCUCGGUGAGCGCCAGGUCGCCCUCCUGCACUCGAUCCUCGCGACCCAAGACCGCUCGGCCACCUCGGUCGUCCUGUGGACCAACGCGCCGUCGCCGUCGGCCCUCACCAGCCUGCCCGUCCUGCGCCCGCUCCUCGACCUGUACGGCGACCGCCUCUCGGUGCGCACCGUCGACAAGCGCACCCUCGCGCACGGCACGCCGAUGGAAGGGCACGCGCUCCUCGACAUGGCCGACCGCCAGGCGUGGGUCGACGGCGACCUCGUCCGCAUCCUCGUCCUGUACGCUCUCGGCGGCGUCUGGGUCGACUUUGACACGAUCAUGACGGGCCGAGACGUUCGUGUCCUCGGCGAGCACGAGUGGAUCACGCAGUGGGACUGCUACGACAAGAAGUACCAGCCGCUCAACGGCGCCAUGAUGCACUUUCACCGCGCGUCGCCGUACCUGUGCGAGAUGCUCCACGUCAUGUCGACCUCGCCGCCGCCCGCCCGCAACUCGGUCGACUGGGGCUCGCGCCUGUACCACAAGGUGUGGCGCUCGCUCGUCGCCCGGGGCAUCACGCCGUUCAAGGUCCUCCCGUACUGCUUUACCGACGGCGUCUCGUGCCGGCUCGACAACCGCCUCCCCGACCCGUUCGCCGACCCGACCAAGGCCGACCGGCGGUGGGGCCCGGGCAGGCGUGACGACGUGCGGACCAAAGUCGCGAGCGUGUGGGCCGUUCACUUGCACAACCGUUGGGACAAGACGUUCCCCGAGGGAGGGUGGGUCGACGAGAUGGUGCUCAAGCCGGUCGAGGCGAGGGUCGAGCAGUACAGACUCGAGUGAAACUUAGAGACGCUCUCUCUUCU